UGUUCAGCGGGCCAAUCACCGUGGCGGUGGACCUGCGCUCGAUGGACUCGUCCGCUGACCCGCUGAACGUGACGCUGCGCCACUGCGUGCUUACGGGCGGCGCGCAGCUGCGGAUUGGUGGCCUCAGCGAGAUCACGGCGCGCCUGGUGCCGUACGCUCUCGUCAACAUGACGAAUGUGACGUCGCUGGAGGGCACGAUCGUGCUGCAUGGCGCGAUGCCGCUGCACUCGAGAGUGCUGCUGGCGAACUCAACGCUGCGCGCGACGGUUGGCGGGUCGCAGUACGUGGCGACGACCCGUGGCCACGAGGGAUCCCGGUACGGCCCCGCGCUUGUUCUGGACGGCGUCCGGCUUCUGUCGACGCGGUUUGUCAUGACGCGGUCGACGCUGGGGUGUGGCGGGGAAUCGUGCGCUGCGAUCCUCGUGGAGCGCGGCCUCGGUGCGAACCUGUCCAGUGUGUUCUACAUGGACAACUGCGUUAUCAGGUCGCAGUCGCACGUGAUUUACGCUCUUGCGUCGUACCUCCGUGUCAGCGGCGGCUCCGUGUUCUCCAUACAGAACAGCUUGUGGAGUGCGCCGAGCAACGAAUACUACAAGGGCGCGUGUGUGUUUGGGGACGUUGCGGUGGAUGGCGGCAGCGUGCUGCAGAUUGUGUCCAGCACUUUCCGUCUUGGCUUUGCCAUGCUCAUGGCAAAAAGGCUGACCGUGACUGGCGGCAGCUGGCUGGUGCACCGCGACAACGAGUUCCGCACCGCCUAUGUCGUGCAUGUGGCCAACAAGAACGGCGUUGCGUUCCGCGAUCGGAGUGUGUGGUCGAUACUACAUAACAACUUCAACUACGGCUCGUACUCGUCGAGCAUUGCAUACAUGACAAGCAACUGGCCACCACCAUCCGACACGCACCCGAUCAUCUACGGCGUGUGCAACGAGGCAAGGGGCUCACCUGUGAUGGAUUACGGAGAAGUGCUCAAUAUUGGAGCCCCCGUGACGGUGUUGGACUGUGGCGCGUGCACCAUGGACGCCGUGUGCUUUGCAGCGAGGACGAGCAGCAUCAGCGGCUGUGAGUGUGUGUGCGCUGCUGGCGGCUACGGAGGCACGUGUCUGCCGGCUGCGGUUCCGGACGGCCUUGGGCCGCUCCCGCUCCCGCCCCCCGAUGCAAAGGACACGGAGGUCCGCUGCGUGCACGGUGGCAGCAUCAGCUCCGUGGACGAUCCUGAUCCCGGUGUGCGUGGCCUGUGCUUUGUCAACGUGACCUUCACCGCCGCGAUCGUGCUGGACCUGUGGGGUUUUGACGCACCACAACAGACACUCAACAUCACGCUGCUGCAGUGCGUCCUCAUGGGCCUGUCGAUCAGGGGGAGUGGUGCGCGCGUGCAAGUGAACGUGACAUCCUCGAUGCUGGAUUCUGGUGAGUUGGUGUUUCAGGGUGAUUUUGGAGCGAGAUCCCAGAUACUGGUGGUGGGCAGUGCAAUUGUGGCGAUCUCGGGCCACGCUAUUCACUUUCCGAGGUUUGCUUUUGGCACUAACUCGACGCUGCUGAUGCUUGACAACAACUUGGAGGGGAAUAUUUUUGCAGUUUGUUUCCCCGUUGCUGUUGUUGUUGAUGGUGGCGGAAUCAUUGUGAAGGGAAAUACGCUGAGAACAAAGAAGGAGGAUUCCAGAACGACAUCGGCCGUUUAUUAUAACGGUGUUCAUUUGAGGAACGGCGGCUACUUUGUUUUCGAGAACAACACGAUGAGCGCGGUCAAUGGCAUUUUUUUUUUGUUGUUGGCCACCGUGAGCUCCACGGGGCUGCUGAGAGUGGCGGACUGUAAAUUUGCUGGCAGUACGAGGUUUUCGAAAUUCGCACUGUUGUAUUUGGACGGUUCUUUGAUGCUCGAGGACGGUGCACAGUGGCGUGUGGAGGGCAACGAUGUGACUGCAGCCUCAGUAAUAGGUGUGCCAGAAUCCUUUUACACAAUUAAGCUGUCGGGCAGCGGCACCACCGUGGCGCUUGCAUAUAACCGUCAGGUGGACAAUAGUUAUCCCUUCGCUGAUUUUUCUCCGCCAGACACGAUUGUUGAGUUAGCUGCGCGGUUUGUCGUUGGGUGCAACCUGCAGAGCGAUGAGGAGGUGUCGUACGACGAUGUGUUUCUGGAGAAGGUGGAGGUCUUCAGGUGUGGCACAUGCAACGACGACGCGGCGUGCUACAUGCCCGGGACGGAGUUGGUGGACCGCAGCUCGUGCUCGUGCAGCUGCAAGGACGGAUGGCAUGGCGCGUCGUGCCUUCCCUUCGAGGUGCCCGACACGGUUGUGCCGCCGUUACCGGAGAGAGCCGUUGACGGUGACACGAGCUGCGUGGUGAACCAGACGCUGGCGAGCCUCACGCUGAACAUGUGGAAGACGCACCACUGCUACGCGGGUGUGAAAUUCAGCGGCGUGGAUGCAGUGCUCACGUUUUUCUUUGAAAGUAUGCCGCUGCAUCUCCCCAUCAACAUCACGCUCAGUGGGUGCACAUUCCGUGAGGGUGCCGCGCUGCAGUUUGUUGGGGGUGCUGAGGCGGCGGAGUCAGCAGGCGUCCUGAUCCGUGUAAGCCAGACGGUGAUGUGGUCCUCUGUUGUUGUGUUUGCACUCGCCCUCCCGCAGCACUGCGACAUCGCCGUCACGGAGGUUGACGCGGUGCAAUUUUCCGAGGUCCAGCUGCUUGACACUGGGAGGAGAAAGCUUAGCGUAUUGGUGCUGCUGAAGAACAUUUUGCUGAGUGCGUCUUCGCUGUUGGUGAGCAACGUCAAGGCGCAUGCCUUGAGGUACGGUGGUUUUGGUUUGUACUCGUUCGGUACGCUGACGCUGGUGCGUGGCAGCUCGCUGUACACGCGGUACUGCAGCUUCAAUGGAUACGCACAACUGUUGUACGUAAAUGCCCUCAGUGUCAGUGAUCACUCUGUUUUUGCGCUGCUCAACAAUACAAUGUCCUCCGGGAAAAGCCUUCUGUAUCUGCGCCACGGAUUCAGCGUGUCGGAUUACAGCGUGUUACGCGUGGUGGGGAACAGCGCUUCCGUGGCCUGCGCUAUCUAUGCAUACAAGACAUGGUCUCUUAAACUUUCAAGUUGGUUGGAUUGGCGCGACAACAACCUGGGAGUGGGUGCGACGUUCCACGAACCUGAAUCAACUUUGUUGAGCAUCGACGGCAGCAGCGUGGUGACGCUGACGGGCUGCAGGAUGGGCUCAACGGGUUUGUCGGUGCCUUUGCUAUCGCAGGCUGACGCCGGCUACCGGUUCGUUGCUGGGUGUCUGACGGUUGCGGGACGGUUGGUGACGACGGCGG